AUUUAGUUCAUAUUCGACGAAUUUUAUCGAAUGACAUAACAAAUCAAUUUCCACGGGCCUAUCGGAGAACAUUUUGACACAGAUCACUGUGGCCGGAUUCAGGGCGGGGAACACCGCCGUCACCACCACAGAUGGCUUCAAACCACCAUUUCAUGCGACCUAGUCAACCUCUAUCAUCUUCCUCUACAUCCUACUUCUACAUCUUCGUCUCUAUCAUCGCCCUCACCUCUCUUUUUCUCCUCUCCUCUCACUACCUCGCCUAUUACUCAUCUCCGCCGGUAGUGCGCAUCGAAUCGCUCAAACCGACCAAGCAAUACGUCUCUGUAAACAACGAUGACAAUGGAGCAGCAUCAGCAGCCUGCGAUUACUCAGAGGGCAAGUGGUUUUACGAUCCGACAGUCAGACCUCCACGGUAUGACGAGACGUGUAAGGAGAUAUACAAAGGCUGGAACUGCGUCGCUGGUAAUAGAUCCGGUGCGGCGGAGAUUGUUAAGUGGCGUUGGCAACCUAAUCACUGUGCACUUCCACAAUUUGAUCCACUUAGGUUUCUGGAAUCAUAUAGGAACAUCAGUAUCGGGUUUGUUGGUGACUCCCUAAACAGGAACAUGUUUGUUUCUCUUUUCUGUUCUCUUCGACAUGUCACUAGUGAAGUAAAAAAGUGGCGUCCAGCUGGCACUGAUCGUGCCUUUACCUUUUUAAAAUACAACCUCACUAUCGCAUAUCACCGAACAAAUCUUUUGGCACGUUAUGGUAGAUGGUCGGCUAAUACCAAAGGCGGUGAGCUGGAAUCUCUUGGGUAUAAGGAGGGUUACAGAGUUGAUGUUGAUGUGCCUGAAGGAACUUGGGCAGAUGCUCCAAGUUUUCAUAAUGUUCUCAUCUUUAACACUGGCCAUUGGUGGUGGGCCCCUUCCAAGUUUGAUCCUAUAAAAUCCCCCAUGCUUUUCCAUGAAAAUGGUCAACCAAUUAUACCUCCUUUAUCUCCUGAAAUUGGGCUUGAUGUCGUAUUGAGACGCAUGGUAUCCUACGUGGAAGAAAAGUCAAAACAAGGGACAGUUUUAUUUUUUCGCACACAAUCCCCAAGGCAUUUUGAAGGUGGUGAUUGGGAUCAAGGUGGUUCUUGUCCACGUUCACAGCCAUUAUCACUACAAGAGGUUGAAAAGUUUUUUUCUGUGGGAAAUAAUGGGACAAAUGUGGAAACACGAAUUGUGAAUGAACACAUACAUGAAGCCAUUAAAGGCUCUGCUUUUCGGUUACUUGAUAUUACACAAAUGAGUGAAUUUAGAGCAGAUGCUCAUCCAUCAUCAGCUGGUGGAAAGAAGCAUGAUGAUUGCAUGCAUUGGUGCUUACCUGGCAUUACAGAUACUUGGAAUGAUUUAUUCAUUGCACAAUUGAGUAGCAUGACAUAAAGGUAUGUACUUAAUCACUUAAUGUUAUCAUCUUUAAAUUUAAGAUAUAUUUUACAUUAUAUUAGUUUGAUAAAUUAGGUUCCCUUGACUUUGUAUUAAUCUUGUAUUAUACCAUAUAUAUUGCAACUGUUGAGUAAGUGUUAAUCAAAAGGAAGUUCUAAUUAGCAGACUGGAUCAUUAUUGUUUUAUGAGUAAAUUACACGAAUGGUCCUUAUGGUUUGGGGUAAUUUGCGCGCUUGGUCCCUAACUUAUUUUUUUAACUCGGGAGGUCCCUACUAUUUGUUUUUGUUACG